AUGCGCUGCAUCGUGGAAAAUGCGCUGCGGUGCUCGAAGGCAAGCAACAGCAGUGACGACGCAGGUGAUGUGCACUGGUCACCCUUGGCUGCAGCGCCAUCAUCGCAGGGACGGCACAGGGCAAACAACGAAGAGGCCAUGGCAGAGGUGGACGCAUUCGUGCGUGAUCACAUCACUGUGGUGUGUCCGGCGCUUCCGCGUGGGAUGACGCCAGAGGAGGCGGCCAAGAAGUUCACGCGCCAGUAUCCGGUCGCGCGGUACUGCGUCGAGCACGGAUUGCCUAUCAUCCCAGUGGAUGACUCGAAGUCGCUGUCUCGGAGCGCCUUGCUGAAGGAGAUGCUGGCCAGCAGGAAAGACGUGUCAGCCAGUACGACAGGCUCACACGCACAUCAUCUUUACAGGAGCCCCCCCGUGUCGGGCCACCGGGUUUCACAUGCGCUGCCGUCAUCUGUGCCGCGCUGCGGAGCCGGCGCCCUUUCACCGUCAGCGAAUGGUAAGCCCAAUACGAAGGACGUUUCGUCAUGUUCUGCGUCCUCUUCGACUCCGCACACAUGGGCCGAUCAGGGGCGUUCACUGGCGGACUACGACCUCACCGUUGUCGUCUCCUUCCGCUACUUCCUGCCGAAGCGCCUGCUGCAUGUGCUGCCACCAGCGAUCAACAUGCACCCCUCGCUGCUCCCGCGCUACCGCGGCGCCAGCCCCAUCUUUACCGCACUGCGUCGCAACGAGACGUUGGGCGGCGUGAGCAUCACUCAAAUGAAACCGGAGCAGACGGCAAUGGACUCGGGGAACGUCCUCUGGCAGUGCGAGGUGCCCAUCCCCCUCGACAUGGACAUUCGCUUGUACUUCCCGCUGGUCACCCAGAUCGGUGCGGCUGGCCUAUGCGACCUUAUAUUUGGCGAAGCUCCACCAGCGCGGCGGCCAUCGGUGGCAGCCGGCGAUGUUUCUGUGCUUGCGCCCCCCUUGGCCUCAGCGCGGUCGUCCGCGUUCUGGUCCCACAGCUGCAGCGGUAGUCAACCACAGACUCACCAAGACGGCGUCGGCUGUCGUUCGACCAAGGCUGCAUCCACCAACAGCGCCACAGUGCCGUCGUGGUUCGCGCUGCGUCAGCGCAGUCUGUCACCGCUCGUGCACCGUCCCGGCGGCCGCGUUGCUGCGCCGGCUUCGGUUACGUCGCACGACACACACUUGCCGACGAGUACGCUCUUCAACGCCACCGAGCUGCCGUUCCUGACGUCCUUGGCAGCCUCGUCGAAAAAGUACCCCGCGGCGCAGACUCACCAAAUGCUGCACGCAUUAGAUGGCAUGACUCUGAAUCACUGCCUUGGUAGCUCUGAAGAGUCUCCCAGCACGGAUGGUGCAGAGGUGCACCAGCCUCGCUGCUGUCAACCCUGGAUGACGCUGUGCCGUGCCCCCACCCGCAUCACCCCUGAAGCGGUGCACGCCGCCAGCAAAACGCUUCGUGCGCUGUUCUUCCAGAAUCUGGAGAGCCCUUCCAAUGCUGCUGCCGCUGCUGCACCGGCGACACCGGCUUGCAGUGCCGCGGCGCACCAGCACAAGAAGAGUGGCACUGCCGAGGCACCGGCAGAGUGCAAGAGCGGGCCGCUAAGCAAAAGGACGGUCUCUCUCAGUGCGGCAGCGGAGUUGGGCGUUACAACCACCAUGAAGUGCGCGGAGGUUUUCCCAGCGUCGGUGCUGAGCCCGCACUGCGAUUGGCCCGACAGCUUUACGUACAGCUGGAGGUUUUCACAGGGGCAGAUGUAUCCUACCUACGCCCACUUCUCCGAGGAUCCCUACCAUGCACCACUGUUGCCGAAGGAUGCAGCAGUGGUGCGCUUCAGUAGUAUGGACGCUGCCGAAGCGUUCGGUGUCUGGCGCGCCUUCGUCGGCGGGGACUACUUCCAGCCCUCGGUGAAUGCCACACUCGACAAGGGUAGCACCCCGGUGCGCAACCAGCUGGUGCACCGCGCGUUGCGGCGGAUUCUGCUCAAGCGUGCCAAGCCGCGCGCCAAGCCGCAGGGAACUUCGCAGGAGCACAAGGAGUGCGUGGGAGCAAUGCACGAAAAGAUGUCGGCUUCCCCGGUGACCGUGACUAGCGAGGACACCGACGUUCCUGUCGGCAUCGUCGCAGGCAAGCAUGUUGACCUAGACAUCUUCAUCCCUGCGGGCCUUCAGCUACUCACAGAGGCGGAGCACUCACUACGCAUUCCUUGCACUUUCACACAGGUGGUGAACCCGGUACUGGCACCGGCGUGCGUGUGCGAAGAGUUGGCUGAGGUGGAGCGCAGCGGACAUCUGCGAAGAGAAUCUUCCACGUGCAUCCAUCAGCACCAGCCACAGCAGCAUCAGCGGCGCGUUCGCUUUUACCGUGCACCCGCGGCUAUUUUUCGCUCACUGCUGUGCAGCCGUACAAGCGACGGCGCUACACAGGAGACGACACGGCGGGCUAGGUGCGGAUCUGUCCUUGCGGUGGGUGAGCGCGGUGCGACAGGCACACAUAGCGCACACCUGCCCUUGCGGCAGCAACCGUGCGAAGCAGCUGGCGAAGGCGCAGUCCCUCACUUAACCACAACGUCACAUCGCGCCGCUUCUUCAGCGGCAGCUGAGAAGGGGCAGCGGCAGCCAGGCCAUGGCCACCCGAAUGCCGGUGGUGUAGCUGUGGCAGUGCAAACAGAGGAGCCGGGGGAGGACGAGGAGGCACCGGAGGACUACGUGCCUGAGGUCAUCCACGCCGCACCGCCGACGCAGCACUACAUCCAUAUCCCUCCCGGCACCGGCUACUUUCCUCGGUGUGACGACAGCUACGGCGCGAUAAAGUGCAAGGAAGGGUGGUUCCUAUGGAAGGAGGCUCAUAUGAAGUGGGCGAACAAGGCGCAGCCGGCCGUUCUCAUCCGGAAAGGCCUGGCCAUGAAGACAGGUGUGCUCUACGUCGGACUCUUCUCCGAAUACUCGUAG